CGAAGUCCUUAAUGUGCGGAACCUUACCACCGACAUACAACUAGGAAUAGAACUCCUCAACGGCAAUGGAAAUUCACCUGAAAAUGACUCUGUUUUUGAUCAUGAAAACAAAUUCUUUAUCAAGCCAGGAAACAUCAAAUAUCAUAAAAUUGAAGUGAAUCGCGAACGAACCUCAUACCUCAUAACAAUGGCGUCUUCGGGGAGUUUCGACGUUUUGGUGAAAUACGAUAGCAAGCCAACAACGAAUGAUUUUGAUGCGAAUUUCACUGUCCCAGACUAUUCUUCAUGCACGAGAAACUUUAUAAUCGAUGGCGAUGAUGAAGAGUAUAACUGCAGCCGUCAUCCAAAUCAACUGCUUUUGACAAAUGCAGUAAUACAAAAACCUGGAGUUUAUUUUGUAGGGAUCCUCUAUACCCAACACUCUUCCCCUGGCAGCAAUUCCCAUCGUAUGCGGAGGUCUUGUUUUAGCACCAGCAGGAAAAAACGGUCAUGUGUUGAGACAAAAGACCCUCCACCCCCUCUGGGAGUUUUAUCAGCUUAUGAUCCGCGCGUUGGCGUGAACUACACACUUGUCUCUGAUGAACUCAGCUGCCGAUUUUGGUCACAUGAAGAACAGAAAUGGCUAACGGAGGGCUGCAAGGUCGGACCUCUUUCCAAUAAGCAUCGUCUUCGUUGUCUCUGUAACCACCUUACAUCGUUCGGUGGAAGCCUUUUAGUAGCACCCAACCCAAUUGACAUGGAUACCGUUCUUAAAGAGCUCGGCCGCCUUGACGAAACUGAUAACUUUAGCGUCCUGCUUACGAUCAUUCUUUCAUUCAUGUUGUAUUGUAUCGCCUUCGUCUUCGCCAAGAGGGCGGAUAGAAGAGAUCUUGCUAAGCAUGGGUCCAGGAUUCUGUUGGAAACAGAGGAGUCCCCUCUCGUCCACCAAUAUGAGCUCACAAUCAGUACAGGUGUGUGGUCAGAUAGUGGUACAACAGCCAAAGUUACUAUGGUGUUUUACGGUAGCCACGGCAACAGUAGACCAAUUACUGUGCGUGGGGACCUUUAUCCUUCCCGGUUGCUACUUUCCCGCGGUAGUGUCAACAAGUACCUUGUCUCACUUCCGGCAUCCCUUGGAACAUUAAGCCACGCUCAUGUUUGGCAUGACAAUUCUGGAGAAAGUCCUUCUUGGUUCUUGGACUACAUUGUUGUUAAAGAACAAGAAACAAGUCAAAAAUGGAAAUUUUUAUGCAAUCAGUGGUUUUCUCCCGAUAAGGACGAUGGAAAAAUUGCUAGAAAGUUGUUGGUCGAAACCACUGACUCAUUUCCUGAAUUUCAAGAGGCAUUCCGCGCGCGCCUGUCUGGUACGCUGUAUGAAAAACAUUUAUGGAUGUCUUUAGUUACUAAACGACCGAGAAGUUCAUUUACACGCACUCAACGCGUCACGUGUUGUUUGUCCGUCAUAUUCAGCGCCAUGCUGGCCAAUGCAGUGUUUUUUAACUUGGCAGGUGAACCGUCGGGGAGUAGAAUCAAACUUGGUCCAUUAAAGAUUUCGAUGAAGCAAAUCAUAAUAACGAUUCAAAGCUGCUUGAUAAUAGCUCCUAUCAAUUUCCUCAUUGUUGCCCUCUUCAAAAACUCCAGGUCAAAACUCGACAAGUACUGUUGCAAUCAGUCAGGUGAAAAGGAAGAUCAAGAUUCCGUGGAAGUGGAUGACGAUAGAAACAAGCCCCUGCACCAUAUUUUUCUUUACGUUGCUUGGUUUCUUUGUUUGGCCACUGCCAUAACCUCUGCCACAGUCGUGUUCUUCUACAGUCUUAUGUGGGGUAAGGAGACGGCUGAUGAAUGGCUUUCAUCAAUCCUGAUGUCCAUAACAAUGGACAUCCUUGCAGUUCAACCUGUGCGUCUUGUUAUGCUAGCCGCUGCCGCCGCCAUGCUAAUAACCAAAGCAAAUAGAACAAAAGUGAACCUCUCGUCUAAGAAAAGGUAA